CAUAUAUCAAUAACAGCCUUAUUAAAUUUCAUUUUGACAUUUUUGAAUUUUUCCUAUCGAAGUCCGAAACUUUGAUAUUACACUUUUUUUUCAUAAAUGGAUGCUUAUCUUCUUUCCGAUAUUUGAAUUUUUGAUUUACCCAUUCUAUAGCAACAAAUUGUAAACAACUAUAAUGAAACUGAAUUGAUGAUAAUAAAGAGCAGGGAAAUACGUUUAUUUUUUUGGUACAUGAUUAUUUUUUAAAAACAGUUGUCUUAGUUAAUAUACGAUAGGUACUUACAUUUUUAGUCAUACUCGUCUGGUGCAAAUGUGAAUAUGUUGAUGAGUGCGUGACAAUAAAAUAAUACAGCAGUUGUAUGUGUUCAAAAGUUGUGUCUAAUUGGCAGCAAAAGCAAGGAUCGUUACGCUGACUAAAAAUUAAAACAAUAUGAAUGAAAAUAUUGAAGUGUACUUGAUCCUUAUUUGCGUUGUAACUAUAAAUGGAGGACUUGUGCACAAAAACUCGAGCAGUUACCACGAAGCUAUAUCACAUACUCUCGCAAGGUAUACUCGUCAAUCUUCAAAAUGCAGAUUAGAUGAAAUGCAAUGCAGAUCUGGAAGAUGCAUAUCGGAGGACAAAGAAUGUGAUGGAAAACCAGACUGCCAAGAUCAAGAUGAUGAAAGCAAUUGCGCAGGGUUUCCCUGUGGACCCAAUUUCUUUCAAUGUGCUUAUGGCGCUUGUAUAAAUCAAAAUGAUGUCUGUAAUGGUAAAAAGGACUGUAUGGACAAUUCUGACGAAACGUCCCCUUUAUGCAAGGGUAUUCCAGUACCAGGUUGUAGGAUCGGCGAAUUUCAGUGUGACUCAGGUGACUGUGUAAGUGAAGAUGCAUUGUGUGAUGGGAAAGCUGACUGUCCAGAUGCUUCUGAUGAAACGACAAAAGUAUGUGCAGGCUUACCUUGCAAUGAGUAUAUAACUUUCCGUUGCGACUAUGGAGCCUGUGUAAACAAAGAUGCAAAAUGCAAUGGGGUCAGCGAUUGUGUAGAUGGAUCUGACGAAAGAAAUUGUCCCACAACAAGGCCUCCGAUUCCACCUCCGACCCCAGAAACAACGCCAUCGCCAAUUCCGGAGAAGCUAACACCAAAACCAACAGAACCAGGCGGUUGUUCAAUUCCUAUUCAUCCAAGUAAUGGAGAGUACUGGCAUGGCUCUAAAAAAGCAAUUCCUGGAGAAUAUAUACCAUCGCUUGAGGCUUUGAUCUUGAAGUGCAAAGAACCUGAAUACAAGCCUAUUGCAGAACAUAGUUUUUGCUUCGAUGGCACAUGGGUACCAAAUCCGUCCGAAUGUGUACCAACAGAUAAAAGCGGUUGUUUAAUUCCGGAUCAUCCCAAUCAUGGACAGUAUCACCUUGGUCGUGAACCGGCAACACCCAGAACGUAUGCUGCAUCUGAGGGUAAUCCUUUGGUUUUGAAAUGCAAUGGACCUGUAUAUAAACCUUCCCCUCCGUCUGCUACAAAUAAAGCAGUGUCUAACUGCCUCGACGGCGAAUGGACGCCAAAACCGGCUACAUGUGCACGAGCCUGCCAAUCACUAUCAUCUACAUCAACAACCAAAAUUACAUGUAAACAUGGAAAAGAUAUAUUGGAAAAUUGCAAUAAUCCUGUCGACAAUACUGUUGCUAUUUUUGAAUGUGCAUCGUUUCAUGAAAUGGUAACAACCUCUCGUAAUCCGGAGAUUGUUUGCAAAGAUGGGACAUGGGAUGACUUUAUUCGGCAGUGUCAUCCAGUGUGUGGAGAAAAACGUGCGAAAGGUACUCCAAACGCGAUUGGGGCAGGAAUUGCAAGAGCUCUGGACUAUCCUUGGCAUGUCGGCAUAUACAACACCACCCGCGGUUAUCUCUGUGGAGGUUCAAUCAUUAGCUCGCGACUGGUGCUGUCAGCUGCCCAUUGCUUUACUGAAAUUAACAAUGGCCGCCUUAAACUUGAUGCUAACAAUUACAUAAUUGUGGCAGGAAAGUACUAUAGUGAUUUUUACCAUGAUAAUGAUCAGGAGAUCCAGGAGUUUACUAUUGCCAACAUUUUUCUUCCUGAAAGAUAUAAAGGAUUCACACAUUUUCUUGAGGCGGAUCUUGCAGUCGUCGUUUUAAAUGAAAGAGUGAGACCGACUCUUAGCGUUCAGCAAGUAUGUGUUGAUUGGAGAAGCGAGUUUGAACACGAUCAAUUAAUAAAUAAUAAUAUAGGAGUUGUAAGUAUAUUGCCUUUUAUUAACGAUGAAUUGCUAACACCAUAUUUUCGUAAGGCACUAUAUACAAAUUAA